ACACUACUGCCAAAGACUAACAAACCAGUCUUCCCUUCCUCACAAGCCCACCUCACAUUUUCACACUUCAACUCUUCCCCAUUCAAAAGCUCUCAUCUUUUUCAAUUCUUGCACCUCUUCUUGAUGCAAAAAUGGUGAAACCCAGCUCACAAUUGUGUUCUUUUCUCAUCAUGGUCACCUUGUUUUACACCAUCAAAGUUGAUUCCAAGAAGUGCCAUGGUGAAUGCACUGCUUUAGCUUCAUACUACUUAUGGGGUGGAGCAAAUCUAACUCUCCUAACCGAGGCCUUCAACACAAAUUAUAGUAACAUCAUGGGUUAUAAUCCGCAGAUAUAUAAUUUUAACAAGAUUUAUAAAGGCCAGAGAGUGAAUGUUCCAUUUCAAUGUGGGUGUUUAAGGGGUUCAGAUUCUGAGUUUCUUGGUCAUCAGUUUAGGUUUAAGAGUAAAACUGGGAAUGCUUAUGAGAGGGUUGCUGAUAUUGUGUAUUCUAGGCUUACUAGAGUUGAAUGGUUGGUUGAAUUUAAUGGUUUUGAUGCUGAUCAGUGGGUUGAAAAGAACCAAAGUUUAAAUGUUCCGGUGCUAUGCUCUUGCGGGAAUAAGAAGGUUUCGAAGGAUUAUGGGUUGUUUAUUACGUAUCCGUUGAGGCCUGGUGAGAAUUUGUCUUCGGUUGCUCAAGGGGUUGAACUUUCGGAGAAGUUGCUGAUGGAUUAUAAUCCUGGUGUGGAUUUUAGUAGCGGAGAAGGCAUGGUUUUUAUUCCCGGAAAAGAUCAAACUAGGACUUACCCUCCCUUAAAAACAAGAUCGAGUGGACUACGUGGUGAAGUCAUUGCAGGCCUAUCCGUUGCAGGUGCUACUGUGACUCUUGCUCUGGCUGCUUGUUUCUACUUUGGUGUCUACAGACGCAAAAAUUCUAAUGAAAGUUCAUUUAGCCCAACAAGUUAUGAUGGUCACCCGAUAGAGAAUAAAAUUGGUUCUGGAAUUGACUUGCAGAAAAAUCUAGGCUCUCGUCCUUACGGAGGUGAUGUUUCGCCAAAGCUUACGGGUAUCACCGUGGACAAAUCAUUGGAAUUCACAUAUAAUGAACUUGCUGAAGCCACCAGCAACUUCAGCCUGGCCAAUAAGAUUGGUCAAGGAGGGUUUGGUUCUGUUUAUUAUGCAGAGCUAAGAGGAGAGAAGGUUGCAAUCAAAAAGAUGGAUAUGCAAGCUUCAAAAGUAUUUCUGGCUGAAUUGAAGGUUCUAACAAAUGUUCAUCACGUGAACUUGGUGCGUUUAAUUGGAUAUUCUGUUGAGACUUCCUUGAUAAUAGUCUAUGAGUUCAUCGAGAAUGGAAACUUAUGCCAGCAUCUGCGUGGUUUUUCAGAAAAGGAGCCAUUAUCAUGGUCUACCAGGCUGCAAAUUGCACUCGAUUCAGCUAGAGGACUAGAAUAUAUCCACGAGCACACCAAUCCCGCCUACAUUCAUCGUGACAUCAAGUCCCCUAACAUUUUGCUAGACAAAAAUUUACAUGCAAAGGUUGCUGAUUUUGGGUUGACAAAACUUGUAGAAGUCGGGACUGGUUCCUUGCAAACUCAACUUGUGGGUACUUUUGGGUACAUGCCUCCUGAAUAUGCUCAGUAUGGAGAGGUUUCGACUAAGAUAGAUGUCUAUGCUUUUGGAGUUGUAUUUUAUGAACUGAUAUCUGCAAGAGAAGCCAUUGGCAAGUCUGGUGAAGUUUCUACCGGAACACUGGGAAUUGUUGCUAUGUUUGAAGAGGUUAUGAACCAGCCUGACCCCAGCACAGAUCUCCGCAAAUUGGUUGAUCCCAGGCUUGGUGAGGACUACCCCAUCGACUCAGUUUGCAAGAUAGCGCAACUUGCAAAAGCUUGUACACAACAAAAUCAUGUACUAAGGCCAAGCAUGAGAUCAGUUGUCGUUGCACUCAUGUCACUUAUAUCUGGAACUGGAAACUGGCAUGUCAGUUCAUCAGAUAAGGAUCGAGAUCUUGUAAAUCUAAUGUCUGGAAGAUAGCUUAUCACUGGAUCGUCAUGUGCAUUGCAUUCCUGCUUAGAUUACCAAGCAUUAUACGUCCGAAACUCUGAUGCUGAGAGCUUGUAGAAGGCCUUAAAUAUAGUCAUUUCCCCAGAAGUGCAGACUUUGGAACUGAAAUGCUUGGUUGUGUUUAGAGAAAAGCAAGUAAUCAGAGUUUAGACAAUGUAGGUGUAAAUAUUAAUCUAUCACCAGCUGCACGAAUUAUAAUGGCUAUCGCCAGUUAUACCUGUUUGGACAAAAGUUUUGACAUUGAUGAAUGUAAUGGCCCAAAAACCUAGUAUUCUUUAACAAUGAAUACAUAAGUUGUAAGGUGAUUUAUGUUAAAUCUGUGCCAUACAGGCAUGUCUGCCCUUGUAUC